AUGGACAUUAUCGGGAGGAACAAGAUCCAGCCUUCCCGUAAACAAUCUUACCAGGUUGCUAUAGCUAUCGCCUACAAAUCCCGUCCUACUGAGAUUGUGGAUUCUACGACAGUACUCAACAAAACAUCUUUGGUUGACGAGGCAGUUUGGCUCAGUAACUUCAAUGCGGACUAUAUCUUUGAGAAGAUGGAAGUUGUAACCGAGAAAUAUGGCAUCAUUCUGAUGACAAUAUGUGUCAUUAUCCCCAUCGCUUUUUCCAUGCUUGAGUACUUCCCGCUCUCGCAACCCUUCGUUUCAAGGUUUCGUGCCACAUUUGUCGACCCCCCUCUAUUCGGUAAGAAUCAUGCUGUGCCAGCUCCCUUCUCUAUACUCCCAAUCCGACGGAGACUUUACGAUGCAUUCCUGGCUUCACAUGUUAUCCUCUCUCUUCUUGCCAUGAUUGGCUGCAUAUUGCACAUGUUCUACCGUUAUGAGUGGCAGUGGGGAUACCAAACGUGGGUUUGGAUCGCUUUUGUAUUCUGGAUUUUUGAUCGUUUCCUGGCUAGACCACUUCGAUUGAUGCGAAACGGUGUUCAACAAGCUCAAAUUACGCUCAUCGACGACGAUUAUCUUCAAGUUACAGUUUCUCGUAUCAGGGUCAAGGGUCACGUCUAUGUCUACUUUCCCUCUCUGACAAGGGAGGCUGAUUUCGCAGGCUUGGUAAUCUUUGUUCGUCGUCACGGCGGACUGGCAUCUCUACUGGCAGCUUCAAAUUCGGAUUCUGGUAUACCUGUCAUUAUUGAGGGUUCAUACGGCGGUCACGUAUCUAUUAUUCCAAAUUCUCUCCCAGAACCGAGUAUCGAGUACCCAAAUAUCAUCUUUAUGGCUGGAGGUGUUGGUAUCUCAGGUGUGCUGCCAUGUCUCGAUAAUCCGCCAAGCUUAACGAAUCUGGAGGGCAAAAGAAAACUUCUGUGGGGAGUGAGGACCGAACCUCUCGUUGAGACAGUUCGUAAUGUUGUUCACAGAGUUACCGAAGAUGCGGAUGGCAGAGAAAUUUGGAACGAUUUCGAGGUAGCUAUUACUGUUGCAAAGCGUUUCGACAUCGAUACCACGCUGCAGAAAGAAUUCUGUGGUGUUAUUGGAGGAACAAAAGUAGUCGUUUGUGGUCCUUCAGGAAUGGCAGAUAAUGUCAGGAUUUCUGCCGCAAGGCUUGGGAAGCAAGGGUUCGUCGUCAAACUGAUGGAGGAGAGCUUUGCAUGGUGA